AUGUUGGUCAAAAAAGCAACAGAGCUAGAAAACACGACAUUGCAAACAGAUCCACUGAGAACAAAAUCGUUACCAGAUCAUCCUGCUCCUGUUCCCGUGAGGGCAACUGCCACGAAUACGCUUAUUCUAGUAGGAAUACCGCCAGAAGGCUAUGAAGAUUCGGCUCGACACAUUCGAACUGUCUUGGAGCGCUUUGGAGUCGUCAGGCGGAUCACAUUGCUCAAAUCAUUUGGUCGAAUCUUAUGCACAUUUGACGUCACAAGAGCCGCCUUGAAUGCCAGAAGAGAGCUCCAUGAUACCGUAUUCUGUGGAAAUGAACCCAUACGUGUCUACUUUGGACAGCACACGGAUCUAGAUCAAUUGACACAACCAACUAUAUCUCGAUUACAAGUACCUCAUCCCGAAAAGAACUUUUUACUAUCGCCGCCUGGAUCACCACCUGUAGGAUGGGUUCAGAUACAGGAAGGAGGUCCAUCUGCUGGCGGACACGCUGAACUACACGAUGUAUGGCACGAGCUCAUGAACGAAGAAACCUUCUCUCUAGAUCAUAAUACAGGCGAUAAUGAUAGUACUGGCACUGCAUCGCAAUUCUCAUCUAUAUAUGGACAGGCUUACGAGGAUGAAUCGACAUUGGAAGCUCGAUCUACAAGUGUCCUUGCUGAAUCUAUAGAUGAUUCUGAACUGCAGUCAGAUUCACAGGAUGAUGGUGCCACUAGGGAAUUAAGUAGUAUCUUUGCUGGAACUAGAAUUGGCGGUGGGGAGGUUAUAUGGCCACUACGACGAGAGGCUAUAGGUAGUGUGCCUACAAUCAUGUUGGAGAGUGCUGAUGGUGACUUUGAUGACCAUCCUAGUGAGGGAAGUCAUGGAUUAUCCUCUCUACCAAACAGAAGUCCCACGCCAUUGCCUCGUACUGCAAUGCCACCAAUAGAAUAA